AUGGCCGCCAACUACUGGCCACACCCCAUGCAUACGGCACCGCUCCGCCAGAGCCAGGGCGACUAUAGCGUACCGCAAUCUCAUCACACGUCCCCAAUGGCCCCCAGCACCAGUGGCGGCCCAGGUUCUAUGGGGAUUCAUUCGACUGCGCCGUCCGGCCUGCAGAGACACAGCGUGGCCGGUCCCUCGACAACUUGUGGCCCGACACGCAAUCCCAUCGCAAGCACAGGCAGAGCAGAACACGCGGAUCGGCCAAACCAGGGGGAAGACAACGCCAGAAACUCGGGUCCAGCUCCAGCUCCAGCUCCCGUCUCCCAGAAGCCGAUCCGGCGGCGGAUGCGCAUGAUCACCUCCUGUCUCGAGUGUCGACGGCGCAAACUCAAGUGCGAAAAGAAGAAUCCAUGCCACAACUGCAAAAGGUUCCUAAGGGAAUGUGUGUAUCUCAGCCCCAAUCUCGACGAGGCCAGCCAACAGCGCCUGACCGAGAUCAAGGAGCAGGUGGGAUCGCUAGAGAGGCAGCUCGAGAGGGACGUGGCCAAGGGGGCGACUGCCCGCCGCCACAGCCGCAGCCCCGGCCGCAUCGGUGACGGCAGCCGUUUGGCCCAGCAGCGGUUUGUGGCGGACAAGGUCGAAGACGAGCAUGGCGACGAGCGUGACCUACAGAUCACGCCGAUGGUGGCUCUCGAUCUCACGUACGACGAUUACUCCGACGGCAACGGCACGGACGAUCUCAUCGAUUUGGGAAUACGCGUUGGAAAGAUGAGGAUAACGGAGCGGAUUGGCGGUCUGAACAGGCCGCGCAUAUCGGAAGAGAUACAAGCCGGUCUCGCGGAGAACUACCCACAUUUCUUCGGCGCUCAAGGCGCGUUCGCGUUCGCGCACGAGGAGCUGCCAGAUGCUCGGGAACUCCCGGACUUUCUCAGACCCGGGGAGUCAUACCUGGCGCCUACCAGUGGCUUCUUCUUUGCCCAGGCCGCUUGUCCGUUGGACUUGAUCAGCCUACUUCCAUCAGAGGAGCUCGGCCACAGGCUAAUACGGCGCUACUUCGAUGCCAUCCAUCCAAUUGCACGAUGCCUCCACAAGCCUUCGUUCGAAGCGCUGUAUAACUCAUUCUGGGAGGAUGUGAGGCAGAGCAUCGAGCCUCGCCCGUCGACACAGGCGAUUGUGUUCGCAGCCUGGUUUACUGCCGCGGUUAGCGUCGAUGACGGUUUCUGCCGGGACCAAGCGUGGAACAAGACCCAGCUGGUCUUUCACAUGAAGAUAGGGACUGAGACGGCGCUGAGCAAGGCCAACUUCUUAAGUACGACGAGGUUCGAGACGCUGCAAGCGUUCGUCAUGUAUCUGAUCCCACUCUGCCGGGACGAAGUGUCCAGAGCACAUUCGGUUCUCGUCGGUGCUGCCGUUCGCAUGGCCGAGUGCAUGGGUCUUCACCGCGACGGCUCGGCCUACGGGUUAAACCCCCUCGAGGCACAAGUUCGACGAUUGGUCUGGCAUCAGCUGUGCUUCCUCGACGUGCGUACAUGCGAGGCGCAGGGGCCGAAACCGGCCAUCCGGCGCGAGGACUACGAUACGGCGAUGCCGGUUAACUGCGAGGAUGAGGACUUGACGCCGCAGGUUGCGCAUCCGCCGGCACCGGCAGAAAGGUGGACGGCCAUGCUCCUCUCUAUCAUUCGGUUCGAGAUCAACGAAAUGAUGCGCAACAUCUGGACGGACCGGCGCAAGCUGGAAUUGCGGAAGACGACGCUGACGGCAAUGCUCUCCAAGGUGGAGAACUUCCGCAAGCAAAUGUUUGAGAAGUACAGCCGGUGGCUCAACGACCGUGUGCCGAUUCAAAAGUACGCAAGGCUUGUCAUGCAACUGCUCACUUACCGGCUGCAUGUAAUGGUGCUGCACCCAUACCACUCCAACACGGCAAACCCGCUGCCCGAAAGGCUGAACGGCUUGCUGGUCACCAGCGGUGUCGAGAUAAUCGAGACGGCCAUCUGCCUGGAGACGAAUCCCCUUUUCCGAGACUGGGCUUGGUACCUCGGGGCCUACCAGCAAUACCAGAUCGCCCUGCUACUGGCGACCGAAAUAUACUACCGGCCACACCGCAAGGACGCCGAGCGGAUAUGGCCUUGUCUCGACUGGGUCUUCCAACUUGAUCCCAACGCGCCGCGGGAGCAAAAGACUCUCCAAAUCCUGACCGAGAUAAUGGGCAAGACGAACCUCUAUAUGGGGCUGCGCAGAGUCCGCGCGCCCGUGACGAUCAACCGGGCCGUUCCCGGCAAGCGAGCUGUCAAAGAGUCCCCGCCGCCGCCACCCCGGGAGCCCCUGCCUGGGGUGCAGCCUCAGGGGUAUCCUCAGGGGCACCCGCCGUCGUUCCAACAACAACAAGCGCCAGCACCGCCCCAGCACACGGGAACGGGUAUGGUCUCGGGACUGAAGUCCGAGGCCCUCAUCUGCCCUCCCGCCAUGCACGUACCCGUUCCCUCCGCAAUGCCGCCAGCGCUUUCCGCAGCCGUGAAUGGCAUGGUUCCGCCUCCCCCUCCUUUCAAAUCGCCUCCCUCGUCUCUGGCAAUGGGCAUGAUGAUACCACCGCCACUCCCACAGCAGCAUCACCUGUCACAGCUGGACUAUUCCCUUCCGCCUCAUCAGAUGGUCUUCGCAGGCGUCACCAACGGCGAGUCCAUCUGGAGCUUACCGCCACAGAACCACGGCCACGGCAGCCCUGAGAACAGCAGCGACGGGGGCAGUGUGCUGGGCAAUCCUCAGCGACACGGAAGCAUAGCCGGUCCCUCAGCUGCAGCUCCGGGAAUGGAUGCCAGUAUUAUGCACGAUCUGGACUGGGACACGCUCAAUACCAUCUUUGUCACUGAUCCGCAGACGGGCCAGCUCAGUUUUAGGACGUUCGUUGAUACUACUGCCGGGAUGGAGCCUACCGGCCAAUGGUAG